CCGACGGCGAUACCACCGAUACCACCGAUACCUAUCCCUAUCUCCAUCGCGCUCUUCUCUUACGGCCAUAAACAUGGACCCUUGCAUCCAGCAGAGUACGCCAGCGGGAGUAACGGGAGUAUCGGCAGUACCGGCGCCCCGCCCUCGCCUCUUAACCUACAGUAUCCGCCAUCUCCCCAUGACAACGGGGCUGGCACCCCCGCUUGCAGAGGGAGUUUCUGGGGGCGGAUGGGGUGUUGUCCAUGAGGCGAUGGACGGGCUUCGUACGGAUAGUAAUUACGACGAUGGAACUGCUAGGGAUCGAGAUAAAGAGUUUCCUCUCUGGAUGCUGCUGUUACAGCUGCUGCUACUGCCUCGAUUAGUGCGAUGGAUUCUGCAAUUCCUAUGGCGACAAGUGGAAAUGACCCGUUGAAGAAUGGUGCUACUACUACCCUUUUCGGUGAUAAUGGACCUGAGCCCAGGUGUGAUACUACUAGUAAACUUGGCCAUAACCAGACUACCUCUAUCCAGGAUGCCGCAAGCGAGUCUGCACGCGCAGGAUUAGAGAAACAGCCAGCCGGUCCCAGGAUUGGCGACUCCAGCGAUCAUCAUCCCCCUCCCCCCCCCCCCCCCCCGGGUGUAUUAGCGGUUGUGGCUGUAUGCUGUGAGGAGGGCCGCCACAGGAGCGUGGCCUUUGUUGAGGAACUAAAGAGACGGCUGGCUGGAUUCCGGGACGGCGAUGGAUGCUAUACAUGGCGAAUGAGGGUUGAUGUUUCGCAUCGCGAGCCUAUAAGAGAGGUCCAGUUCAAGCAGAAUGGAUUCUACGAGACAUGUAAACUGCCAGAUCUCAGUAGAUUGGAUUGCUAUUCCUACUGCGCCUUUCUUGUCCCUGUAGAGUAGAGCAAGGAGUAUAGAAGUUCAAAAACCUCGACGGUCUUGAGAUCCUAACAGCGAACACCGGUGACAGCAAUCUGAACGACCAACUUGCCAAACCCCGGGAUCAGGUUUCCCGAGCAUCUGUUUCCGAUGGAGUACGGCAAGCCAAUACAUAGUAUAGUUUCCGUGAUGGACGAUCCUCACAAUGGGGUAAAGAGGAUUUCUCCAGAUACUCCCGAAUAACCGGAUCUAGUUCCUGAUAUUUCUCGAAUGAGGGAAAUGCAUCGAAGGAGGUGAUAAAUCCUAGAGACCUAAGGAUUUUCCAGGGGUACAGCAGCAGACUUGACCAGGUCGUUGCAGAGAUCUACUACCAGAUCUCUCCUUUCUGCAUUACGUAUGCUUGAACCUGUGAUCAAGAGUCUUAUGGGACGAAUGAAAUCGGAGUGAGACAUCCAUGCUGCCGCACUUGCAUUCUAAUUAAGGCUAACCUAACGAC